AUGCCGGGCUCCAUGUCUCUGUUCACCGUCAAUGCGGUGCUAAUCAUGUCCACCGAGGACAACUCGCGCAUCUACGCCAAAUACUUCUCCCCUCCCCACCCCCCGGCCGGCGUGUCCGCAACAGCAGACUACCCUGGCUCCAACCCUUACCAUUCGGUGAAGGAGCAAAAGGCCUUUGAGACGGGUUUGAUGGAGAAGACGAACAAACAGACCAAUGAUGUGAUUCUGUACGACAACCGAGUGGUGGUGUUCAAGGUCGAGAGCGAUGUCAUGCUAUACGUGAUUGGCAGCGCCGACGAAAACGAGGUUUUGCUCUACAAUGUGGUGCUGUCUCUGCGAGACGCUCUGGGGAUUUUAUUCAAAGGAGCCACGGACAAGCGCACAAUCAUUGAAAACUACGACUUGGUCUCGCUCGCCAUUGACGAGAUCAUCGACGAUGGCAUCAUCCUAGAAACCGAUCCUGUCCUUAUCGCCUCUCGUGUUAGCCGUGCGCCUGCUGCCGAUGCCCCCAACAUGAAGAAUAUUGAUCUUUCAGAGCAAGGUCUGCUCAACGCCUGGGAGUUUGGCCGACGCAAGCUUGCAGAGCAGUUACGGCAGGGACUUUAA